AUGUGGUUUGUAUCUAGAGAUUUUGUAUUUUCAGUGUCAGUACUUCUGCUAUUGUUUGCCACACCAUGCUUAGGUUCUUUUGUGAAGACUGAAAAUAAGAUAAAAUCAGCUGUUUUUUUGUCUCCCAAAUUUGAGCUAGGUCCUGGAUCAGUUAUCAAUAGAUAUUAUUAUGGUAUUGAUUUUCCAAAAGGUCAUAUAGCACUCAAGAGUUUCAAUGCCGAAGUGGUUGAUGAAGCUGGUAAUUCUAUACCUCUUCAUGAGACUUAUCUCCAUCAUUGGGUAGUUGCAAGAUAUCAUCAAAGUAAACAUGUCACACAUACAGAAAAUGAUAGCCAUAGGAUGCUUCAUAACUCUAAUCAUGUUUUUGUUAGGAACAGCGGCAUAUGCCAGGGAAAUGUUCUUGGACAGUACUUUGGCCUUGGAUCCGAAACACGCGGAACGGAAACCCGUGUUCCGGAUUCUUUUGGUAUAGAGAUAGGUAAUCCAGAAGAGGUCCCGGAAGGGUUUGAGGAGAAAUGGAUGCUUAAUAUUCAUGCCAUUGAUACGCGUGGUGCUGAGGAUAAAAUAGGGUGCACGGAGUGUAAGUGUGAGCUUUAUAAUGUUACAGUGGAUGAAUAUGGAAGGACUAUAAGGCCUGAUUAUGUAGGAGGUUUGUUAUGUUGUUCGGAUUAUGCACAGUGCAGGUUGAAAGAAGGAUUUGAGGGACCAAAGAGAAACCUCUACUUAAGAUACACAGUAAAAUGGGCUGAUUGGGAUGAUUCUGUAGUGCCUGUUAAGAUAUAUAUAUUUGAUGUGACUGAUACUUUGAAACUAUCCGAUAAUUCAGAAGGAAUCAACUCAGAUCAUAAUUGUAAGAUUGAGUAUCGAGUUGAUUCUUGCAGCACAGAUCGUAAGGAGGGAAAUGGCUGUGUUCAUGUGAAGAAGACAAGUCUUCCACUACAAACUGGUGGCUAUGUGAUUUAUGGUGGUGCUCAUCAGCAUUCAGGUGGGAUUGGAUCCACCCUAUAUGGACAGGAUGGAAGGGUUAUAUGUUCUUCAAUACCAAGUUAUGGAAAUGGAACCGAAGCCGGAAAUGAAUCGGGAUAUAUUGUUGGAAUGUCGACUUGUUAUCCAAAACCAGGUUCUGUGAAGAUAAUCGAUGGCGAAACAUUAACUCUAGAGUCAAACUACAACAGCACCAAGGAGCACACCGGAGUUAUGGGACUUUUCUACAUCUUAGUGGCAGAAAAACUUCCAUACCAACCCUUGAGACAUUCUAUUCGUUCUUCAUUUUUUAUGGAUUCAAAUAAUAUGCUUUUAGAUAGUUAG